UCCAUAUGAGCCUAAAUCAUCAAUUUCUUUGCAUUUCAAAUUGGAGUUUUCUUUCAGCCGGAUUUUUCAUCUUUCAUCUUUAGCAAAAUCUUAAGUCAAUUUCAGAAAAAAAAUUACAAGUUUUAGAUAUACGAAGUAUUUCCCAAGAUUGGAAAGAAAUUUGGACGAAGAACAUACAAGACAUUACAAAUUCCAAAAAUGCAUAAAUGGAAGCCGAAGCAAAUAUUAACAGACGAAAUUGUAAAACAAUAUUUGUCUACAUACGGGUAUUACAACCAACAGAAGAAGAAUUGCACACAUUGUGGUAUACAACUCUAUCAUUACCAUUGGACAAUAAACACACUAUAUUAGACGGCAUUGUCACCGGAGAACUUGACAACAUUGUACCACAAAUUUCACAUAGCAAUUGUGUGCAGCAAACAAUUAAUGCUGAUGAUGCUGCUACUUCCAGAACAUACACUUUAGUUGGAGUGUGGCCUAAUUAUGCUUCUGUUGACUGUAACUAUGUAACAAAAGAACAGAUGGAAGAGAUAUUCAGUACACAUAGGCAGUAUGUAUCUGGUCUGUACGGUGACUUGAAGGCACACAGGUUGAAAAAUCAAGAAAAUAACAGGCUGAAUAUCUUGAAAACCAGAAGCAAAUAUUUGAAGAACAGCAAAAAUGGCACGAACAUCAAUAUCAAGAGCUGCACUCUGCUUACUAAUCUGGUAUACAAUUUGUAUAUGUGGAUACUCAAGCUUUCUGCCAUAAUUUUUUGGUACACACAUGGCUGAACAAUCAAGAACAAAAGAAACUAAUUAUCAAGCAAUUCUUGACAAUCAAAAAGAAUUUGUUCAGUAACAACAAAAAGGUAGGAAGAUCACUAUCAAAGAAUGCACUCUCACAUGGAAUCCUACGUGGAUAUCAGUUUAACUUCGAUGAGAUCUUACAUUGAUGAACAGAACAAUAGCAUGCUGAAUAGAAUGGGUGAUAUGUAAGCUAUUGUUGGUUGUUUACAAGAAGAUAUUCCUAACUCUAGCAGUAAAAUUCGUGGCAAGAAAGCAAGACCUGAACAAACUCAAACUGAAAUGUCCACAGAAGAGAUGUAUAAUAGGAAGACAAAAUCUUCAAAUUUUUCUCUCGAGGACUAUUCUAUGGAAAGGUAUUUAUCAGUUCAUCAAUGGGUGGUGGUGAAUAAAUCGGAGUAAAAAGCCUAACUCUAACUUAUUA